GCUGGGCCAGCUCAGGUGUGUGUUAUGUGUCUGUGAGUGUGCAUGAGUGCGUGAGAGUGUGUGUGAGGGUGAGUGGUCCCAUUGCCUCGUCAGGCCCACUCCUCCCACCCGGGCCCCACAUCUCCACCAUGUGUACCCCUCCCCUCUGCCCUGGAGCCUAUACAGCCAUGAAACGCUGCCCCUGAGAGCUCUAGAAAGCUGGUCACUAACUUUGCAGACGGAUGAGCCCUGAGAAGCCAGAGGAGACCGGGGCUGUCAGCGCUGCCCCCUGUCCUGCCAGCUUGGACCCCCCGACAGGGUCCUCCUAGGCUCGGGACUGGAACCCUGAUCAUGCAACCCUGAAGUGGCUCAGUGGCAGACCCCACCACCCCGGGCCCUUCCUGCCCCUCCCACAACCAGCUUUCAAGCCCCCGGAGGGAGGGGUGGGGAGGGGAUCCCGAUCGCACCAGCCCAGAGUCUUCCAUCAUGAUGCUCAACUCAGACACCAUGGAGCUGGACCUGCCUCCCACGCACUCGGAGACCGAGUCGUGCUUCAGCGACUGUGGGGGCGCGACGGGCCCUGAGGGUGCUGGGCCCGGGGGUCCCGGAGGGGGCCAGGCCCGGGGCCCGGAGCCCGGGGAGCCUGGCCGGAAAGACCUGCAGCACCUGAGCCGGGAAGAGCGCCGGCGCCGGCGCCGCGCCACAGCCAAGUACCGCACGGCGCACGCCACGCGGGAGCGCAUCCGCGUGGAAGCCUUCAACCUGGCCUUCGCCGAACUGCGCAAGCUGCUGCCCACGCUGCCGCCCGACAAGAAGCUCUCCAAGAUCGAGAUCCUGCGCCUGGCUAUCUGCUACAUCUCCUACCUGAACCACGUGCUGGACGUUUGAGCGCUCCCCGGAGUCGCGCCUCCUGCCGGGCCCUGUCCCUUCUCACCGCGCACUGCGCGCACCGCUCGCUCGGAACGGCCGCCUCCCCCCCAGCCCCUGUACCCUGGCACCGAGGCCCAGAGGCGGCGCGCCCAGCCUCGACGUGAUCGCGACUUUGUUUCACUGAGCCGGGCACCCCGGGGGCUGUUCUCCCGGCGGGGCUUGUGGGAGCCUAGCAGGGCAGAAUGGCUCUCCAGAGCCGUCAGCGUGGAGCCCUUGCUGGGCCAAGGCACACUCAGUCCCCCUCUAGUUCUCCAAGGAGCUGCUGCCUCUUCUACCCCCAGUUCCCAAUUUUCUGUGACCCCAGACCCCAGCUCUGUCUCACGUCCACCAUCUUCCUGUGCCCAGGGUGGGGCAAGGGCUUCAGCACUGGAAAAGGGGAAGGCUGGGGCAGCAUCGGGCUGUGGGCUUCCUCCUCCCACAUCGCAGUCUGGCCAGCUGGGCGGGGAAGCGGGGCGGGGCGGGGAGUGGGAAGACUCGUGGGUGGGUGGGGACUCUGAGCAGUCGGGAAUUGUGGAAAACUCUGUUUCUCUUUUGUCCAUCCUGUUCGUGGGGCUUAGCAGGUGCAGACCUCAGAGCCGAUAUGGUAGUGAGUGCCUUGCCUUCUCUCAGCUAUCCAGCCACCCUCUGCCCCUCCCACCCUUCUCCUUCCAGCUUCCUCCCUCCCUGUGAGCCACUUAGAGAAAGGAAAAUCCAGCUCAUGGCUAAGGGCUGACUUGCAUCCUACAGACCCACACUAUCUGCAAGGUGGCCAGGCAAUGAGCGGGCGGGACCUCACCCCUGCUUCCUGCAUCUCAGCCCACCCUGAGAAGGUGCAAAACCUAUCCUGGUUCCACCCCACCCAGAUGCAGGGGGUGGGGCCCUAUGCAUCAUCCCCUGGGAAUGCUCACUUCCCAGGCCCUAGGGUCAGCUGAUGAUGUGUGUGUGUGUGUUCUUCCUUAAGCAGCCUUUGGCAGAGGAAAGGACACCCCCUCUUGGCCUGGGGGCUUUCUGUGCCCCUCCCACAAGUCAUGGAGCCCCACCUGCUCACCCCAGCCCAGACCAGCCUAAAACUGAAGAAAGGCUUCAGGACCUGUGCAGAAGGCAUGACUCACCCAUUUCUAUGCUCUUUCCUCCCUCACACCAAACUCGUAGCUACGAGGAUAUUUAUUUAUGUAUUUAUUUAUUUAUUUAUUCAUCUAUUUAUUUACUUAUUUAUUUAUUUAUAAAUGUUACUAUUUAUUGCCGAGCUGUGCACUUUGGGGUAGAGCGAGGAGGCUCCUGGCAGGUUCGGCAGGGCCUCUCUUGCUACCUCCCUAGUUCUUCUCCUUUUGCUGCUCCUUCUCCAACUCCAGUUGCGUGUGGACCUCCUAGGCUCACCACACCCCAGUCCCUUCCUCCGCUCUGCCUGUCCUGACACCCCAGUCCUCUGAGUUAGCGCCCCUCUGCACAUCCCCAGACAAUCCCACUCCGGCCUCUUUUCUCUUUCUAGCCCUCCCUCUUCCUCAUAUCCCAAAAGCAGGCCCCAAGUCCUGUGCGUAAUUCCCUCCUGUGGCAUUUCCAAUUUCAUACAAAAAGAGACAUUAAAGUGACCUCGUUCUAGCACCA